AUGCAACCUCCCACUGAACCCGAUAAUCGUCAACGGGAGCUCCUUGAUCGGUCUGCAAAUCUCAUUGAGCGACGAUAUAGUGAACCCAAUCGCGAAAUUAAAGUUACGAGUGAGCAAGUAUGGCGCGGAAUGCUAGGAUUGGCUUUCGCACAGCGCCAGGGCUUCGGGUUACGUAGAGUAAGGUGGAAUGCAGAUACUUUUGCGGUCCACUACAUUGAUUAUGAAAGGUACCGCGAGAAUCUUGAAUUCGAUCGGGUUCCAUUGUCUUCGGUUGAUUAUUUUGUUGCUCAUGGACUUGGAUUAUUUGGCGGCAGUGUUGUUUCAUUCCAACAACUCUUCCCGAGCGUCCAUUGGGGUUGGAUGGAAGAUCCCGCACUCGCCUUACUCAUUUCUAAGUUGAGGGCUAAGGCGAGAACUGCAGAUCAAAUUGCUGAAGAAAAUAAUAUUCUGGUCAACCAACUCGAAAAACAAUCUACAGCUGCGAGGGAAUCUAUAGCAGAAUUAAACACACGAUUGAAAGAGGCCGAGCAAAAGGGAAACGCUGAAGAUGUGCCGCGAGAUACCACAGGACUCGAAUACGUACAAGUACACGCCGAUCUUGCUAGAAAGAAGGAACGCAUUUCACAACUUAAAGAAGAUCUCAGGGUAUUUCGUGACAAGCUGUUGAUUAGAGAAGCAUCUCUGGAAAGGAACAAAGAGCGGUUGAAACUUGCCCAAGAAGCCCUUCAAAAAAGAAACUCGGAUGUCGAUUCAACUUCGGCGGAGAGAGCACUGCAGCAGAAAGUGGAUGAGGCAGAACAAGGCCGGAAAAAAUAUAUAGAUGAAAUCGAAUAUCGUAAGGAGCGAUAUCGCCAGGUCGAAAUCCGUCUUUCAACAGAGGAGGUCGCCAGAAAGAACGCAGAUGACAAAGCUGCUAGACUUCUCAACGAGCUUUCAGUCUCCAAAGACAGUAUCGCAGCAGCAGAGCAAAAGAACGCCACGGUAUCUAAGCUGUUAUCCUCAUGCCGAGAAAAACUGAAAAGAGCGGAAAAUGGCAAAAGAUCUGCAGAAGAACAGGCAUCCCGCCUCAGCGACAAGCUUUCUCAAUCCGAAGAGGAAGAACUAAGAUUGACGAGUGUCAAAACUGCCGCUGAAGCCAAGAUUAUUGAACUUAGAAACGAAUUAUCAGCAGCUGAAAAGAGAGUGUCGAAAGGUCCGACGCCGCAAACGAAGAAGAAGAUCACCGCUCUCGAAGAGUUGGUAAAAGAUACCGACCUCACAAUCGCCGAACUGACAGGUGCAUUGUAUGCCUCGCUCUCACAUCUUCCGAGGAAAAAUUUCAAGGUCCAGAUCGAAACGCUACGGAAUCAUACCUUGUGCAGAUAUGAGAGCUCGAGAAACAAAAGCGAAGACGCAGUUGUUAGACACGAAAGGUUCAACAAAAGCAUCAAGAUUGCUGAAGACAUUAGUGCUUAUUUGACGCUCAUUGGAGAGAAUGGUGAUAUUGAAGGAGAGGACUGGUCGAUUUCGGCAGGUAACAAGAGGAAAAGGGUUGAUUGA